UGUAAAGGGUGAAUGUGUGUGUUGGUGCAGUGAAAUGGGAUGCAGAGUCACUAAAUCAAACAAACAGCAGCGGAUGCAACGCGAGCGAGCGAUUGACUCAGUUCCAGCGUCACACACAGCGGUCACAGCCAUGCGAGCAGCUCUUCUCAUCCAGCGCUGGUACCGUCAGUAUGUGGCUCGGCUGGAGAUGAGACGCCGCUGCUCCUGGAACAUCUUUCAGUCUAUAGAAUAUUCUGGAGAACAGGAUCAUAUCAAGCUUUACAACUUCUUUGGUUGUCUGAUGGAUCAUUUCACACCUGCCAGCAGCCAAAAAAAGUGGAUCUCUCACAUAUUUCAUGAGAGUGAUGCAUUUCAGGAGAUGGAGUUGGAAAGAUAUUUCUCUUAUAAAAACAUUGAGGUUCCAGAUGUUCACUCUGGACCUCAUCUUACAUUCCCACUGACCAUCUCUAAUGUCACGGAGCUCGUGGACGCCUUCAAAAACAAACAAAAGCUUCACGCUCAUUACGUGCUGCGGCUGCUGGAGAAAACACUGAUGCUCCUGCGCUUUCUGCCCAACAUCAAUCAUGUGUCCACCUGCAAAUACAAAGAAAUCACCAUCUGCGGAGAUCUGCAUGGACAUCUGGAAGAUUUGCUGUUGAUCUUUUACAAAAACGGAUUUCCUUCAGCGGAGACGCCGUACGUCUUUAACGGAGACUUUGUCGACCGAGGGAAAGAAUCCAUCGAGAUUCUGCUGGUUCUGUUUGCCUUUCAGCUGCUGUAUCCACAUGAUGUUCAUCUAAACAGAGGAAACCAUGAAGAUCACAUUGUAAACUUGAGAUAUGGGUUCACAAAAGAAGUUCUGGGAAAAUAUCGGGUUCAUGGGAAACAGAUUCUCAGACUCCUGCAGAAGAUCUUCAGCUGGUUACCGCUGGUGACGGUAAUAGAUCACAAAGUUCUGAUUCUACACGGAGGAAUUUCAGACAAGACCGAUCUGAACCUGAUCGCCAAAUUGGACAGACAACGGUUUGUUUCGGUGUUCAGGCCCAUGCGGGGUGAAGCGUCUGUCAGGCAGGAGGAAGCAGAGAGAGAUGAUGGGCGGAGGAGAGUUCAGUCUCUCUCUUACGGUACAGCUGUGCGACUCAGACCCGAUCUCCCGCGUCAUUCACUGCACUCUGCGUCCAGACAAGAGGUUGGAUCCGUGGAGGAGGAACUGAGCGAGAGACGUCGUCUGGCCGGUCUUGGUCUGACGUCAGAACAGGGUUCUGCUAAAGUUCUGCAGACGGACGCGUGGAGACAGGUGAUAAUUCCCUUCACCUCACCUCAACACGAGUCCAAAACAACCUGUGUUGUGUUGGAAUGUGUAGGUCCGGUUCCUAAAGAAACCAUCCAUCUCAUAAAGCAGAUGUGUCCAAUCCUGUCCUUCAGAGUUUAUCUCCAUUCAAACACUAACUUUCCCUUUUGUCUCUCUUCGGUCCAUCUCGCUGCACACCCGGGAGAGAUCAUUUCUCUUCUUCUGUUGCUCACACAUGUAACUGCUACUGUCACUCUCCAGAUAGUGGAUGUCCUUUGGAGCGACCCGAUGGCUCAGGACGGCUGCGUCCCCAAUGAGGUCCGAGGAGGCGGCUGUUACUGGGGGCCUGACGUCACACAAAAAGUGCUGGACAGACACAAACUGCAGCUGCUGAUCAGAUCACACGAGUGCAAACAAGAGGGUUACGAGUUCUGCCACAACCGCAGGGUACUGACGAUAUUUUCAGCCUCAAAUUAUUAUGACGUGGGCAGUAACAGAGGCGCUUACAUACAUUUGGGUCCUGACCACAUUCCUCAUUUUAAACCGUUUCAGGCCAGCCGGACAACCCGAGAGCUGACGCUCAGACAGAGUGUGGGGAGAACGGAACGCUCUGCUUUACAGGCUCUGAGGAUGCUGCUGUUCACACACAAAUCUGAACUAAUGCGAGAGUUUCACCAACACGACCCGCAGCACACAGGUCUGAUCUCUUUGAGGAAUUGGGCGGUUGCCAUGGAGACGGUUCUGCAUCUGGGUCUCCCGUGGAGGGUUCUGAGAUCUCAGCUGGUCUCCAGCUCACAUGAUGGGAUGCUGAACUAUGACGAUUGGUUCAACCAGCUGUCCAUAAUCCAGCCCAACGCUAAAAUUGCCAACACAAGUCUGCUGGAGACCCUUUACAAACAUCAUUCAAACCUAGAGACCAUCUUCAGAAUGAUUGACACAGAUCAUUCAGGUCUGAUCUCAUUUGAGGAGUUUCAUCAGACGUGGAAGCUGUUAAGCUCUCACCUACAGACCAACAUCUCUGAUAAAGCCAUCUCAGAACUGGCCGAAAGCAUCGACUUCAACAAGGACGGAAGCAUCGACAUCAAUGAGUUCAUGGAGGCCUUUCGACUGGUGGAACAAUCUAGAGCCGAGAGGAAACCAUCACCAAUCUCAGCUGAACAAACAACAGAUAAACACUAACGACAACAACAACACAAAACCCGUCCGACGACACCCGUUUAUCACAGCUACAGUCCCACAACAUGUCUGAAU